AUGAAGGCCACGAGAUGUCUUAUCAAAGGCACUUUGGGUGUUCUUUACUUCCCUCAUUUGAUCAAUGCCGUCAAUAUACUCGAAUCCACCGCCCUGAUCCCCUGCUCCGAUGACAGUGUCAUAAAGACCAACAAUUUCAAGCUGACGCUCACACCUGAAAACGAGACUCUUACUAUGGAGUUUGACGGCGAAAUCAACUACUCCGGGAAGAUUCUCAUGGAUCUUGACCUCCUGGUCUUCGGGUACAGCUUCUUGACGGCGCAAGUGAACCCGUGCGACUACCAAUUGUCUGGAUUCUGUCCGAUGACACCGGAGAACAUGACAGUGCCAUAUGCAACUCUUUCUGUGUCAAAGAAUACGAUUUCGCAAAUUCCAAGUAUCGCCUACACCUUUCCUGAUCUCGAUGCCAUCGUGCGAGUGAAUAUGAUAGCCACGUCGACGAAUCAAAGUAUCACUUGUAUUAAAGCCCGCGUCGUCAAUAGCGCUACAGUAUAUCAAGCAGGAGUAGCCUGGACACUGGCAAUCAUCACUGGAGCGAGUCUAUUUACGGGUACCAUCCUCUCGAUUCUCGGCUAUUCCAACAUCGCAACUCAAGUCUCAUUUCGUGCCCUGCUGUUUCUUGGAUUCAUGCAGAGUCAAGCCAUGGCUGGCCUUACAGCGGUGGAAUUUACACCGAUGAUCCAGAAUUGGACUCAGAAUUUUCAAUGGACCAUGAGCAUCGUACGUGCAAAUUUCCUCAACACCAUCACGACUUGGUUUCAGCGUGCGACAGGAGGCACGGCUUCAGAUCUGGUUUCCGAAGCUGGGGAUAUUUCGAUCGGUCUCCUGAAACGUUCGACUGAAAUGCUUGCGAAGAGAAGCGUGCCGACAUCAGAGGGUGGAGCAGAAGUCCUGCUGUAUGGUAUCAUCCGGAUGGGCUUCCGCGCAGGUAUUGACUCUACCAACAUCUUUAUGACGGGGUAUAUAGUCUUUUAUUUCAUCGCCAUCAUCAUGCUCCUUGCUAUUAUGGCUCUCAAGUUCGGCCUAUCUGCAAUUUGGGACAAGACGAACAAGGCGAGGUCCCGGGAUAUAUUUGGUCCCCAGCAUGACUGGCAGAGCUUUAUGCGAGGGAAUAUCUGCCGAAUCAUACUUCUUGGCUACCCUCAAUUCUGUGUGUUUAGCAUGUGGGAACUAUAUCGCCGGGACUCGGCGGCUGAAUCCGUCCUGGCUAUCACUAUUUGGCUCGCCAUGACUAUCACCCUCGGCAACGGGAUUUUCAAAAUCUUUCAGCAUGCACGGUCUUCGAGGCACUUCAAUAAAACCCCAAAUUCCUCGCUUUAUUUUGAUGAGGCCUGUCUGACGAAGUGGGGAUCUUUAUACGUCUAUUACAAGGCUGAGACAUACUACUUCAUCAUUCCUCUACUAGUUUAUUCAGUCUUGAAGGGCAUGAUUAUCGCAUUCGCACAACACAACCCUACAGCGCAAGCUAUAGUCCUUCUCAUCUUUGAGGCUGCUUUCUUGGUCUGUACUGCAAUUCUGCGACCGUACAGGGACAAGAAAGCCAACGGCUUCGCCAUAACCGCCGCCGCCAUCAAUUUUGUCAAUGCUAUCUUCAUUCUCGUCUUCAGCGACACUUUCAACCCUCCAGAUCUCAUGACCGGGAUCAUGGCCGUCAUAUUCUUCCUAUACAAUGCUGUCUUUACCCUCAUCCUUGCCAUCUUCAUGCUGAUCGGCCUUUUCUACGCAAGCCGGCUCAAGGAGCCGUCCCCAGGAUGGCAGGACUUCCGCGACAAACGUGCCUCUGCCCAAUCUAUGACCCAACUGAUUGAAACUGAGGAUCGACGAAUAACCGAGCUUCUUCCUCUGCAGGAAGCGGCAAGGACUGACGAGCUGCUCAAGUCGCCGCGACCUCUCUCGCCUUCGGCGAGCAGUGUGAACUCGAGUUCAAGACCAUAUGGGGAUAUGAACAACAAGAUGGCUUUUGACUCGCGCUGGGAUCUCGAUUACGGACAUGACGGCAGCAUCUAUAAUGUUCGACAUAGCACAGCACCACCUUCGCCAUUUGAGGGUCCGAUUGAGCCAACUCUGCCGCUAAUUCCGAGCAGUUCCAAUAUGUCAGGACGGCGUGGAUGA